UUUAAGAGGACUUUACUUCGACGCCUUUCCUCAUUGGGACAAGUCACAAUAUCUUGAGCAUCACUCCACACCCCAAAACACCAGAGCUUCACGAUCAGGGCCAGGAACUGCUGAACGUUCCAAAAAUGCGUAAUACGGCCUCCUAUACCUGUCAUAGGUGCUUGAAUGCGCUCAAAACCACUUCUCGAGUUUCACAAAGACCGGUGUUUUCUUCGCGAAUAGCCUUCGGUAGAAGAACAAUUUCAACAGGCCAGCAGAAUGGACCAAAGUUACCUGGAAGGGAGGAUACAACGCAGAAACCAAUCGGUAGAAGGGCAGUCUCGUCACUGGGAGGUCAAGGACAGAAAGUGAAGAAUGAACCAUUCGAGUUCCGAACUCCACCAGGCCUCGAGUCAACACCAGCCCCCGAAACCGAAGGCAGACCCCUCUUAAUGCCAAACAACCUCUUCCACCCCUUUUCCAGCUCGCCCUCCCCUGAAAUCAGAAGAAGAGCUGCUUUCAUGAAGCAGAAUGCCUACUGCCCGCACCCUGACCACCACCAAACUCGGCUGCCCAUGAACCCGGAUGAUCCAGAAGCACGAAAGUCUGUGAAGGGACCAUUACCUCCUGCGCAUGUGGACUUCGAAUGUCCAGACUGUGGCAUACCAGUUUCUUGCUCGGAGGAGCAUUGGGCAGACGAUUAUGAGGCACAUCUGGAGAUUUGUGAUACACUGAGAGAGAUCAAUGAGGAUGACCACGAUUUACGGUCCGGCAGGUUCUUUCCCGAAUUCGAAUAUCCUGGAGAUCAGAUUGAGGAGGCGAUGGUCAAUAUGACAAACUGGGAUACAUUCCUCUUUUCAAGAGAAUUUAAAGCGAUCAAUGACGAGAGAAGUUUGCGACAAGCAACUCGACUGCUGACCUAUCCGGUCACUAUUGGUAGCGUCUUGCAUGAACUCAGUCCAUAUAGCAUAAAGAAAGAAGGGCGUCUGACCGUUGAGGGUCUGAAGAGUUUGAGUGCUCUGAGAUACUCCCUUCACCCACCUCGUUCUGGAGGAGGUCCUGAUAUCAAGGGACUUCGACCUACCCCACCACCAAUGAGAAUCUUCAUUCUCGGAGCGCGUGCAGAAUCGUCUCUUCCGCGAGAAGUCUGGGUGCAGUUGACCCACCUUUUCCCCCGAGUUGCAUUCCACCUAGUCUUCAUUGGCCCUGAAAGUAUGGCAAACAGAGAUGCCGAAUUCCCGCUUCCAGAAAGAACUCCUAGCAAUCCAUACGGAGCCAUUGUGGAAGACAGGAUUACGAAUUCCAUGAAAAUAAGCACCUAUGUUGAAUACUACCACACCCUUCACCAAGCUGGACACUUUUACCCGUACGAUCCAUAUUUCGACUGCUUCAUGCUUUUCCAUCCAGGUCUCGGACAUCCUGCCAGCUCACAUGAGUGGGAGGAGACGAUUCCUCAGUUACUGGAGACGAAGGUACCUAUCCUGGUCACAGGUUACACACAGUACGACAUGGAGAGAGAUAUCGAUUGGGUCAAGCAGAAGGUCGGAGGAGAGAUGGAUAUGUUGAUGGAACCAGGCGAGAACCGCUUCCGAAGUUUGAGGUGGGAUCUCAAUGAUCUAGAUCCUCAAGAUAUCAGCUGUGGAAAUUGGGGAGUGUGGGCGUUCAGAGGCAAGAGGUACGAGACGACCAAGAAGGGCCUUGAAGCGGAAUCUUGAAUCCGUCGAGUUGGUGAGGGACAAGAUGUAUCUCGGUGGUAGAGUGCACAAAGUCUGUAUGAAAGAUAAAUUAUGGCUUCUAGCCAGUGUAUUUUAGGUCACACAACUCUAGGACGUCCCGAAGAUUAAGGCUUUCGGGUUAUGAAAAUACUGUGAGGCGGCUUUGAUAACACAUAGAACAGCAUUACAUUGAGAAGCCAGCACGGCAACCCGCAUAUGCAGGAACACAACUCAAUCUUUACAGGUGAAUGCCUCUAACCAAUCGAAGCAAACACCCUUUAAAAACUGCCACCAUACCAACAUAAUCAAGGAAAAAACUUCAAAAUUUCUCAAGAAGUCACGGUUUCUUGCUCUAGAUAUCGUUCUCUCUUUCUUCCACAUUUGCUGUUCUAAUCAAAGAUUCCUAAAUCAUAAAGCCGCCUUGUCUUUCCCCCCCUCUCAAAGCAAGCCUCCUUAUCUGGCAGCCGAGGCUAAAAUAAAUAUCGAUAAACUUCGUCAUCGAUCUUCCGAAAAUAAACAACCAUGAGUCUCGAAGUAAUCUAUGUAACCCGCCAUGGGUUCCGCUCCAACUGGGUCGUCGACCCCAAAACCGGGGAAUAUUCAACCUCCAUCCCUUCCCCCACAGGAAUAGCCAGCGACCCCGAGCUGGCAGGUUACGGCGUCGCCCAAUCCAAAGAACUCGCCUCGCAUCUCGUCAACCUCUCCCCGCCCAUCGAACGCAUAUACUCCUCCCCUUUCUACCGCUGCAUCCAAACCAUCACCCCAACCGUCAC